AUGACUAUAUUUGUUAUCACGUGGCUGGAAAACAAACUAAUACCGAAUGUGCCGCAAAACUCCAUUGUUGUGCUUGACAAUGAUAGUUAUCACAAUGUUCUGAAUGAAAAAUCACCAACAAUGCUUGGCAGGAGAGCUGACAAUGCAUAUUGGCUAAAUUCCCGAAACAUUCAAUUCGACCAUGGAAGCACAAAGAUCGAACUGCUUGCCUUAACGGGAAGCAACAAAACCACAAAGAUUUACACUGUGGUUAAACUUCUGGCACAUUAUGGUCAUUCCGUUCUCCGUUUACCUCCUUACCAUCCUGAACUAAAUCUUAUAGAAAUUGUAUGGGCUACAGUAAAGAACUGGGUGGGUUCAAAGAAUGUUAUGUACAAGCUGGAGGAUGUGUGGAAGCUAGCAGAAGAAAAAUUUUUCUACAUUACUGUACACGAAUGGGAGGCAGUUUGCAGGCAUGUGGAAGAUGUGAAAGAAACAUAG